AUGAGCAUCUGAUUAUUAUUCUAAUUCAUUUAAUCUCCUUAAAGAACUUAAAUACAAAAAAAUAUUAAUUCGUGAACACAAAUCUUCCUCCUGGUUUCUAAAAUAAUACUCUCUCAGACAGAAAGCACCUACGUAUGAAUAACACGAAAUGAGAAAUGUCAAAACAAACCAUAAAAUAUUUAAUUGUCGAAGCGAAGUCCACACAAAUUGACUUGAUAGGUGACAGCGGCUGUAUACCUAGACCAUAAACAACUGAAGAAAGUUUCUUAUUCACGCCAUAGCUGUAUACAAGCACUUAACUAUGAACAAUUACAAGGCUACGUUAGAUAUCUCCAUCAACAAGUUUACGAGCACAAAUAAUUAUGUAGACAGCAAUCACCAAAAUAAAUUACUUCAUGUAGAUCUGAAACGUCUCGGAGGCUGUUGUUGCACACCCCAGGUAUGAAAGUGGUACGGCGGCGUCUGCAGCCGGUCUGGCAGAGUGGGUGCUCGCCGGCCGCCAGUCCACGCAGCACUUUCCCGAGCCGCGCACGCGCGUACCAACACCACUGUUACAACACUCGGAAACGCUCCGAAAUUACGUGAUUCCAUUUAAAGCCAUUCCCAUUCAAAGUGUAUCUACAGUAAAUUCGACCAAUUCACAUUACACAUGUUAUAUAAAAACUAUUGAGUAACAGGCUAUUGUUCAGUCUCAUCCCGUGGUUGUUUAUGUGAGCCUCGUGUGUUACACACGACAAUUUUCAGCGGUGCUACAAACAGACAAGAAAAGCGGAAAAAUUGCAGCAAGCGAUAUACACGAUCAACAUAGGGUCGCGGGUCGCCAGCAGAGCAUGCUACGGCUCCACCUGACAGACAGUCACCUUCGCGUGAUGCUGUGGUGCAUUCUCCUCGGCUUGCAGCCGGCUUUUGCUGGCAUCCUUGACCCCUUUAACUGGGCGCGUUCUGACCGAAUAGAGGUCAACAUUCCGUGGUUGCCAUUUGAGAAUGAAACCAGAUGCUAUGAUGAUCUAGGAUGCCUAAACAUCACAAGGAGUUGGUAUCAUCUCAUUCACAGGCCCUUCAAUGUAUUCCCUCUUCCAAGAGUUGUUAUCAACACAAGAUUUAUUCUGUACACAAAAAAGAACCCGACUGACGGCCAACUGUUAAAUGUGAACGUGAACAAAACCAUAGUGAAGUCCAAUUUCAAUCCGCAGCGUCUCACUAAGAUGAUUAUUCACGGAUUUAUCGACACGCCGCUCUCCAACUGGGUCAGUGAAAUGAAAGAUGAACUCGUGAAAGCCGGCGACUUCAAUGUUGUUAUAGUAGACUGGGCCGGUGGAAGCUUACCGUUGUAUACUCAGGCUACAGCAAACACAAGGCUUGUAGGACUUGAAGUAGCACAUUUCAUCAACACUUUACAGAAAGAUCACGGCUUGGAUCCCUUGGAUGUACAUAUAAUAGGCCAUUCUUUAGGAGCCCACACGGCCGGGUAUGCAGGAGAAAGAAUUCAAGGAUUAGGAAGGAUUACUGGCCUCGAUCCAGCUGAACCUUACUUCCAAGGGAUGCCGACACAUGUCCGCUUGGACCCAACAGACGCGCAACUCGUCGACGUCAUCCACACUGACGGAAAAAGCAUUUUCCUUUUAGAUUUUGUAUUUAUGGCAGGAUAUGGAAUGUCCCAACCUGUGGGACAUCUGGAUUUCUAUCCGAACAAUGGGAAAGAGCAGCCAGGAUGUGACCUUACUGAGGGGCCUCUUGUACCGCUAACUCUUGUCAAGCAAGGUCUCGAGGAAGCCUCCAGAGUACUAGUGGCCUGCAACCAUGUGAGAGCCAUAAAACUGUUCACUGAAUCUAUCAAUGGAAAGUGUUCGUAUAUAGGACACCAAUGCCCGUCAUACCAACACUUUAUGGCAGGAAAAUGUUUCCAUUGCGGACACGGUUGUGCAAUAAUGGGAUUCCAUGCGGACAGUUCUCCAGGAUUAAUAACGAACAAGAACAAUCAAUCGGAGAACGAAGUGUUCCCAUCGGAAGAACAUGACACUAUAGGAGCGAAGUAUUACCUCAGCACUGGAAAAGAACUACCGUAUUGCCAGCGACAUUACAGAGUGGCCAUUCAAUUAGCAAAUCCUAAGGGAGCAGAAUCGUGGGUGCAGGGUUUCCUAAAGGUAACUCUGUUGUCCGACAGAGGUGUUAUAAAAGGAAUGGACUUAACACCAAACAACUACGUGAAAUUAGAGCACGGGACCACUUACACCAUAGUAGUCACUCACCCGAUGGACUUAGGUGGAAAAGUUAGGAAGGUGGAGUUAUCGUGGGAGUACGACAUGAAUGUACUGGAGCCGCGAUCGCUUUGCAUACUGUGGUGUAACGACCGCCUAUAUGUUAAGUCAGUUCUCGUCGAUCAAAUGGAACUGCCAAGCAGAGGCAAGCGAAACGUUGACUUCAGCACGAAAUUGUGUACACCGAAACGUGAAUUUGCCGAAAUCCCCAACAGGGGCUCUGCCAGUUUUUAUGACAACUGCAGCAGGUAGCUGUGCCAUAACAUACGUUUAGGCUUUCCACUACAGUCUGUGCUGAUAGACUCCGAAAGAAUGCUUUAAAUUAAAAGUGGCCGGAGCAAACGAUAUUAGUCAAAGUGAAGCUAUUAGUGAUACUUGACUACCGAGAGGUUGUUGCGGGGUGAACGUUGGCUGCGUUCGUUUAAAUUAUGAACAAUUUUAUUGAUUCUAUUCGCUAUACAUUUUUGUGAACCAGUGAAUUUCUCACAAUGACCUAAUUCAUAAAAGCUCAACAUCAAGCGAUGCUCAAUUUUAUUAAUGAAAAAUUUUGUAAAUAGUCUUCAAAAUAGUUAUUGAAGAUUAGUAUGAUUUGUGACUAUUUACCUAAAAAAGGUCAUAAACUGACUGAAUCGUAGUCCACUAUCACCAAAAAACUAAAUUUUGAAUAUAUUAGCUCUAUUUUGUAGAGUGUAGGUAAAUUCUUAAUUUAAUUUAUUAGCGCAAGUGGGCUUAAGUAUUAAGUUAUAAGUAUUUAAUGUUAAGCGUAGUAAAAUACUCAAUACCUUGUCUUCUUGUAUUAUAACUAUCGUAGGGACUUGUAAAUAUUAGAAUUUUGUAUUUAUUUUUGUAAGACUUUAAGCCGGGCUAUAUUUGUCUGUGUUUAUUUAUAUUUAAGAUGAAGUAAAUUUCGCCAAAAUAUCUCUAGAUAUCAAACACAUUUUAAAGUUAUACAUAUUAUAAUACCUACAUGAUUUAAUUGUCUUAAAUUACAAUUUACGAAAUAGCAUCUCUGGAACACGUCAUAAUUUAAAAAUGACAAGCCGCUGUAGCAAUUUGUUAAUUGGAUAAAAUAUAAAAUUACACAAUGUAUCUGGACUCUACUCUUACCUUAGUUUUAACUGAUAACAAAAUGUAUUAGUACAAUUUAUUGUAACGAACAUAAUAACUAGGUACUUAGAUUAUUUCUUUCUUAAUUGGCCCUACAUUAAUGCUGUACCUAAUUUUAGGUACAAUACCUAACUAGAUUUAUUUUCUACGUUACUGUACAAAUAUUCUUUAAAUGAUAUAAUAAGUUACUUUAAUGUGUUGUUACAUUAAUUUUAAAACUUAUGUUUAUCUGUUAUCGUUAAAACAUGAGUCGAGUCUUAUGCCGCUCUAGCACAAGUUCUGAAAUAAAACAUUUAUUUAAUUGAUUCCGA